UUUUUAGGGCCGCACCCACGGCACAUGGACGUUCCCAGGCUAGGGGUCUAAUUGGAGCCACAGCCGCCAACCUACCCCACAGCCACAGCAACGCCAGAUCCGAGCCGUGUCUGUGACCUACACCACUGCUCACGGCAAGGCCGGAUCCUUAACCCACUGAGCAAGGCCAGGGAUCAAACCCGCAUCCUCACAGAUCCUAGUUGGGUUUGUUAACUGCUGAGCUGCUAAGGGAACGCCCCGGCUUUGUUUUCUGAAGCUGGAGAAUGUCACUUCCUGUGAAGGUUUGGUCUCCUCAGAAACACUUGGUCCGGUUGGGAAUUUGAGUCUCAGGUCUGGAAGCUUCUCUUGUAUGGAUCUGAUUGCGCUUCUGUUUCUGAUAAGACAGGCCAGGCCUGCAGGCAAGGCCCGAACCGGGAGGGCUUGUCCUGUGUGGCUCCGGGCUCUGCACGCCCCUCGCAGACUCUGCACCAUUCACUCCUUAGAGGGCAUAGAUGCCCAGAGGUAUUUGCACUUCAGAGGCCGUGUAGACCUGGCUGAUUGGGUUUACAAGCAGGGUUACAGGGAAGCACCAGGCAAACACAUCAGCGGGGAUUAGGGAGGGAUUAGCCCUAAUUCCUAAUUAGACUUGUGUCCCUUGUUAAACGCGUUUCUGGCCUCUUGGGGGGUGGGUAGUGGCAGUGGCUGCUAAGGAGUGGUCCCCAGACCCCAGGAAGCCACGUAGGAGGAGCAACACAGGCCUCGGACACGCGUGAGGGUGAGGGGCGCAGGUGUGUGACACCACUGACUACAGGCAGCCUCCGUGUGUGGCCGUCCUGGGGCGUCUGGGCUGGAGGGCGGGGUGUCUGUCACCAGUCGUCGCUGGCAUCGAGGCAGGGAGCGGUGGGGUGCUGUGCGGUUCUGAGGCCGGCAGGCCCGCGGGGCGGGCGCGAGGGUGGUGGCCCUGGUCAGAGGCGUCACUGCGGGGAGAGGCUCACCGGCUUUCUGCUCAGGUCUGUCCUCCGACGACCACUCCUCCAAGCUUGUCCCGGCCACAGGGUGGUCGCCUGGUCCACAAAGGGGAGGAGACCUGUUCGGAGACUGUUCCUGAAGCUGCUGUGAUCUGACCAGAGGGGUCAGGUGCCCCGGAGCCCCUGGGGCCAGAACUAGGACAGGCGUGGAGCUUUUCCUUCUCCGGGUCUGCAGAGCUGUCCCUCCUGUCGGUGCUGGGCCUGCGCAAAGCCUUUCCCGCUGCCAGCUCCGGGACAGCACUUGCUCAGGGUUGCGGAGGGACGGUGGGGAGCUGCAGCCCCCUGGGCACAGCGCAGCUCAGCUGCCCCGGGAAGAUGCGGGAGGAGCACCCCGCCGUGUGAGGGCCCUGCACCUUCCUAGCUGUGGGAGCGUCCACUGGCAAGUCUCCACGACUGGGAGCAGCCAGGAACCCAGGGGAGGGCCUUCCCCAGCAUGCACCUGGGUGGCUGCAGUGGUCACGGCUGCCCCCGUGACGUCAGAGCACCUGGGAGGGACGCCGUCACCCGGUCUGACCCUCUCCAAGGACGCUGGCCAUAGCGGGCUCCAGUCCUCUCAUGCCAGUAGGAACCCAUCACCAACAAGGGGGUAGACGCGGGCAGCAUGGUCUAGGGGAGCCUUUUGGGGGGGUUCUGGUCUGACAGAGCUGCGAGGUCACAGAAGGUGCCACCCGGAACCUGUGACCAGGGAGCGAGGUUGGGGAGUCGCCCCACCCGGGCUCAGGGGCCAGGAAGGUCCCCUGCUUUUCGAUGCCUAGCUUAGAUGCAGGGGUGAAAUCCCCAGGACCCACCCACAGUGUCAGAAGAUGUGGGCGCAGCCCCCUGAAUCUGCCUGGCUGCCUCCCCACUGCCGGGGGCACCGCAGGGACCAGGGACCAAGAGACUCGGGGUCAAGGCUCGGGGUCAAAGACGUCAUCCUCUUUGGGGGACGAAGGGGGAGCUGCGUUGCCCUUCUCUGGAAUCUUAAAUGUCAUCCCUGGACCUCCUGCUAAAGCUCUUUGGUCACUGGCUUAGCACCUCCUCAUCGAGAAAGGGAAGGAAGUUCCUGCCACUAAGAAACGCGCUGGGAGCAGAGAGGCGUCCUAGGAGCCUGUACCAGCACACACAGAUGCAUGUGCGGGCCCGAGUGGAAGCCGUGCUUGCAGCGCCCGGUCCCGCGUCCCCUGCCGGGCCGCCUGGGUCCGCACGCGUGUGGCUGGUGUGGUCAGUGCCGCUCGUCCGCAGCCGCGCAAACCUGCCUGUGACCUUCCCUCCCUCGUGUCUUAGCUGAACGGCAGUUAUUCCUCGAGGGUUUUUUUGUGGGGUUUUUUUGAGGGAAAAAAAAGUAGUCCCCAGAUCCUUGUUUGAAAUGAUAAUGGUGGCUGUUUUUAAUGCUGGUGACAUAUAACCCUGUCCAAUAAUCCGAUUUCAGCCAUGCCCUUCGAAAUGAAAUGCAUGCGGUGUCAUAAUUAAAACCUCACUGGAGGAGUUCCCGCUGUGGUGCAGCAGGAUCUGCAGCUUCUUGGGGUGCUGGGUCGCAGGCUCAAUCCCCGACCCAGCACAGUGGAUUAAGGAUCCAGCAUUGCCAAAGCUGUGGCUGGGUCUUGACUGUGGCUCAGAUCUGCUCCCUGGUCUGGGAAUUCUGUAUGCCUUGGGGUGGCCAAACGUGGCAAAACAACUAACUAACAAACAGAACCUCACUGCAGUGCCCGCCGUGGCGCAGUGGGUUGGCAAUCUGACCGCAGUGGCUGUGGUCGCUAUAGGGUGUGGGUUCGAUCCCCAGCCCGGGGGACUUCCCUGUGAUGCAGGCGUGUGUAAAUAAUUAAAACCUCACUAACGUGGAGUGAGUAGGACAAGCAGAUCUGAACCCGUGAAACCUGCAAUCGGGAGGCACUGAGCGCGUCCCUGGGCUUGCGGUCUGGGAGGCCACCUGGCCAGACCGUCUCUUCCUGCCGAACCACCCAGGGGGUGUGUCAGUUACCUCCUGCUCGAAGUAGGGGCACCGAGAUUCCCCAACUAAUGUGGCAGAGGGACCCUCUUGUGCAGUCAUUUGUUGGGAUCAGCAGCUGAAUCAUGCAGUUUUACAAACGCUCUAGGUGAUUCCAACGCCUCUUAUUUGUAGGGAAAAUUGCACCUUUGUUUGCUGACCUGAGGACCUGAAUGUGCUUUAGAACUUGGCUGAAGGAGGCUCUUUCCGACCCAGUUGUCUCUAAGGGCUGGAGGGACCCAGGAACACCCAUUAACGUUCCCAUUCCCCCUCAGGGCCACCCUGCGCCCUGCGAGCAAAGCUUGCCUCAGUCUCAUCUUCAAACCGGAACCUGAAAUUCAGGCGUUCCCGUGUGGCGCAGCGGGUUAAAGAUCCAGUAUUGUCACUGCUGUGGCGCCGGUUCGAUCCCUGGCCCAGGAACGUGUACACGCUGUGCAGCCAAAAAGCAAAGCGAAGCCGAACAAAGCGGAACGACAGGAGCCGCAAUUCAGAAUGAUCACCCCGGCGCCGAGGCCCCAGACGCGGGCCAGGAAUCCCGAGUCCUGAGCCCCGGCCACAAGCACGUGCUCCUCCUUUCGGGCGGACGCAACCCGGGGUGGCGGGUGGACCCUGGAGGCGAGGGUGGACUCCGACGUGUUGAGCUGAAACCUUCUGCAGGUGGCUUUUGCUGGACGGAGUAACCGAGGACCCGAUUUUCAUCACUAGAGAUGUUCUCGUUUCAUAAUCAGUGUCCAUUCAGGCCCGGAGAGGUUUUUAUGUUUUGAUUCCUCUAAAGAUAGUCACCUGCGCUCGCGGCGAAGGACUCAGGGCACAACGUGGACAGAAGGACGGGUUUCCCAGCUGCCCCCGGGGGCACGGCUGCUCCGCAGAGUAGCCGCUGACAGCCGUCCUCGGGCUGGCUCUGCAGAGUUGGCGCGGGCCUCUGUCCCUUGACUUUUUCACUUUCUUCGGACCCCCGCCAGCCUCUCCUGAGUCUCUCCCGUGCUCCAGACACGAGAUUUCUGGCCGUCCGUGUAUGAGACGGAGCCAACGCUCACCCUCAUCAGCGCUGCCCGCCAGCUCCUCCCUGGGAGGGUGAGGGCUUUCGUCUGCGCGCCUGCCCCCAGCCCUCGCCCAUGCUAAGUUCUGUUAGUCACGCGAGGAUUGUACCAGCCGCUCAAAACUUUAAUGUGUGGAAAAGGUCCGCUUUCGGUUGGAUCGACUUGGACGAAAAUCUCUUGCCCUCCACUCCGUAAAAUAAUUUGGGCCUGUGCUGGUCCCGUUCUGCUGUGUGAUUAUAAUUAAAUUCUCCAUGCUUCUUUCAUAGGCCGAUUCUAAGUAUCAGAAGUCCAGAAACAGCAUUCAUGAUAAAAUCUUUAAAAAUCAGUUGCUGCAAACGCCGCAAAGAGGAAAGGAGACAUCCAGGUCACCACAUCUCUGCUGCGGGAAGGACGCGGUUUCAGCCCCGUCCAUCCGAUUUCCAUUCCGGUCACAGCUGCCUCGCGCAGCAGGUUUUAUUACUCGAAAAUCUUCAUUGCUUUGUUUUUAGUUUUUGAACGUGUUCCUUCUUUAAUACCAAAACCUUCCACCUUCUGAAUUUUAUUCUUUGCUGAACACAUUCUGUUUUCCUCUUGAAAGAGUUCCUAAUUUAAUUUGGACCAGUUUCUUUCCAGGGCAUCUCCAAAGUUGUUGCCACGGCAUUGCUUUCCCCUGCAUAGCGGGGCUGUUGCUUCUUUCGUCUUAAACGCCAUGUCUUUCUCCGCAUUAGAUUCCUUCUCGUUUUGCUGGACCACAUCCUCAGGUAAUCUUUUCCCAAAGGGUAAGCGGAAGCUACGUUUUCUGAAACCUCGCCUGCGAUGAGGUUGCCAUAACUUCUUCCUCCUCCUUCGUGAAGUGAGUCUCGAGCUGAUGGAAGGCGAGUAGUUUUCAGGCUAUGUGGAGGGAGGGGAAGCCGGUGGGGACUGUUCACAAAGGCGAAGGCUGGUUACAGGAGAAGAAAGGAGGCAACACGGAGGUAAAAAGAACUGGAGAUCCCCGUUCUCCAGAUCGUGUAGCUCGUUUCAGCCAGGUCUCUGCAGAGAAAGACGGGGUCUGGGAGACGUGGGAGGAGCGGGUGGAGUGAAAGUUUACUGUUCCCGUCCCGGGUCCAAACGCUGACGUGGGCCACGUGACCACUGUUUGGGUUAUGCCGAAGCAUCAGAGCCUCGAGAAAAAGCUAUUACGUUCCACCGCUGUUGACCUGACGGUUUCGACCUGAGGCACUGAUGACCUGGCUGCUGCUGGGCAUGAGGUGACAUCCCAGCAAGUUUAAUGUGGACGAAAGGCGUUUGCAGCACAGACGCAUUGUUACCAUGUCUUGGUUCGGCCAGUAGCCCCGUGACUGGUACGCACGUAACCAUCCAGAGAAAUCCGUGGGAUGGAGUGAGCAGGACACGGAGCAGGGAGGGAAGCAGCUCAGCCGGGCGACCGCCUGGGGCCUCUGCCAGAGGACCCGGGCAGGGCGCGUGGCUGUCCGUGCGGAGCGCGGCGAGCGAUCCAGCCCCGUUCGGAUGUUCGAGCAGCAGCACCAGACGUAAGAGGGGGGACGUGGGGUUUCCAGCCUGACCGGAGGGAGUCUGGACGCAAUGAGCUGUUCACUGCCUCAAGUGUGGGGCGAUCACUGCCACUGAGACGGGUGGUCAGUUAGGAGAUGCCGUGAUUUCAUCCUCAGGGCAUCUUUGCCGUCUCGUGAAUUAAUUUUCUUUUCUCCCGCUCACUAUUCUAUGCUGAUACCUGGUCUUUGACAAGUUGAGCAUUGUGUCCUGCACGUAGGUGGCCUGUGACGUUCUUUAUCUCUCAGGACACAGAAGCAGUGGCCGCCCACAGCAGGGGCUUCGUGAAGUAUUGUUGAAAAUGGGGGCGAGCCCGGCGCUAGAAAGAGCUGCAGAGCUUGUGCUCUGUUCUCUUGCUCAGCCGUCGCUAUUAACUCCGUGAUGGCUGGGCCGAUCUGCAAAGCCACCAGAUUCCCGGUAGCUCCCCCCACGGCUGGGUUAACAUUUCACCCAGAAAACACGGGUUGUGACUUUUAGAUAUUAGCAGAUUCUGUGACAACUCCUCCCUGGAAAUACACGUGCUACCUCACGUCCUGCUGGUGGGUGACCGGUGACAGGUGACUUCACCCACAGGAUUGCUGUCUGGUCACAGGCGAUGUCUCCCUGAUGGCUGUGGGCCCCCCACUCUUAGGGAAGGGGGUUGUGCGCCGUCCGCCCCGAAGGCAGACACCCUUCUCAGCAGGAUUGUCUGAAAAGCAUCGCAGGGGAGAGGUUGGUUCCCCCCAAGGGAACAAAAGGCGAGGCCGGCCCCCCGAUACCACUGCUUUUCCAGAGCGCCCGGCUGGCCUCUGACGGCUUCCUCCCCCGAGGAUGCGCCCACAUCUCGGGCCCCAGCGGGAGGACCCGCCUCAGAUGCUGCUGUGGGUCUUGACAGCCGGAGAGGCGCUGUCAGGGGUGAGCAGAACGAGCAGGCUUGCUGUCAACUCUGGGGGUCCGGGGAAAGCAGAAGGAAGGCAGAGCCCGAGAAGGGAGAGAGAGGAAGUCAGGAAACACUUAAGAUUUACACGUCUGCUUAUAAAUCACGUCUUGCCUUCCCGAGAGCGAGACCGGCAGAGCUGGGGCCACCUAUCCGACCUCAGCAGCUUCCACGCGUUUCCCUCUCUCGCCGGAAGAACCGACUCGAGGGACGGCCGUUCUCAGUGAAGGGCGCUGCACUCGCUACUGAGCUGUGGCCAUGGGCCUGCUCGCCUUCCUGAAGACCCAGUUCGUCGUGCACCUGCUCAUCGGCUUCGUCUUCGUGGUGAGCGGGCUCGUCAUCAACGCCAUCCAGCUGUGCACGCUGGUCCUCUGGCCCCUGAACAAGCAGCUGUACCGCCGGCUCAACUGCCGCCUCGCCUACUCGCUCUGGAGCCAGCUGGUCAUGCUGCUGGAGUGGUGGUCGUGCACCGAGUGCACGCUCUUCACCGACGAGGCCACGGUGGGCCGCUUCGGGAGGGAGCACGUGGUCAUCAUCCUCAACCACAACUUCGAGAUCGACUUCCUCUGCGGCUGGACCAUGUGCGAGCGCUUCGGCGUGCUGGGGAGUUCCAAAGUCCUGGCUAAACGGGAGCUGCUCUACGUGCCGCUCAUCGGCUGGACGUGGUACUUCCUGGAGAUCGUGUUCUGCAAACGGAAGUGGGAGGAGGACCGGGACACUGUGGUCGAAGGACUGAAGCGCCUGGCCGACUACCCGGAGUACAUGUGGUUCCUCCUGUACUGCGAGGGCACGCGCUUCACGGAGAAGAAGCACCGCGUCAGCAUGGAGGUGGCCGCCUCCAAGGGGCUGCCCCCCCUCAAGUACCACCUGCUGCCUCGGACCAAGGGCUUCACCACCGCGGUCCAGUGCCUCCGCGGGACAGUCGCAGCUGUCUACGAUGUCACGCUGAAUUUCCGAGGAAACAAGAACCCGUCUCUGCUGGGGAUCCUCUACGGGAAGAAGUACGAGGCCGACAUGUGUGUGAGGAGGUUUCCUCUGGAAGAGAUCCCGCUGGACGAGAAGGAAGCGGCCCAGUGGCUUCAUAAACUGUACCAGGAGAAGGAUGCGCUGCAGGAGAUGUAUCACCAGAAGGGCGUGUUUCCAGGGCAGCAGUUCAAGCCCGCCCGACGGCCGUGGACGCUCCUCAACUUCCUCGCCUGGGCCACCGUGCUCCUGUCUCCUCUCUUCAGUUUUGCCUUGGGCGUCUUUGCCAGCGGCUCCCCGCUCCUGAUCCUGACGUUCCUGGGGUUUGUGGGGGCAGCUUCCUUUGGAGUCCGGCGACUAAUAGGAGUGACUGAGAUAGAAAAAGGCUCCAGCUAUGGAAACCAGGAAUUUAAGAAAAAGGAGUAAUUAAUGGCUGUGACUGAACACACGUAACCUGACGAUGGCAUCCCGUUAACUCAAUUAAAAGCAGAACAACACACACAGAGCGGGGGAAAAAGACACUUAGAAACUAUUUUUCAUAUUAACUGGUGACUAAUAUUGACAAUAAAACUUGAGCCAAGAGUAAAGCAGUCGGAAGGCCUGCAGAUGGAGACGCCAGCCUCGCCCCUGCGCCGGCCGGGCGGGCGGGCCGGGCCCCGGGGCGGGUGCUCCCCGGACGGACACCCUCAGCUCCUGGGGCCCUGCUGCCAGGCGCCUCUGGACGCUUCUCUUCUUAACACGUAGGCCCCGCCCUGGUUUUUCUCAGUUGUCUUGGGAGCUCCCCGUCUCGCCCCAUCUGCCUGCAGCCCCCCAAACUCUUCGCCGCUCUUCCCCAGCCCCUGGGCACGUGCCUCGGGCCCCAGGCCCCCAGAGCAGCUGUCCUGCUUGGCUGGCACCUUCGCUUCCAGGCGGGCAGGGCCCUGGGGAAGUUCUCCGGCAACAAGCACACUGAGCGGCUGGCGGCCCCACUCGCCCGCCCGCUCCUAGUUUCCAGAGCCUCUUCCUACCUGAGCCUGCGGAGACCCCUCAACCCCCUCCCUGGCCUCCGCCCCCUCACUCCCUGCGGGAGGCUGUCACACCCCAGUCACCCUCCCCAGCAGGCCAGAGCCGGAGCGGGAGCCUCGGCCACAGCCCACAGGACCACUGGGUGCUUUGGAAAAGCAAUGUCACCGUCACCUCGUCUUCUAAAGGUGGCUGGAGACGGGUAGCACAGAGCUCUCUGCUUUGAGAGGUUCUGUUUUCACGGUGGAUCUGUCGAUGGCGCUCGCCUUCCUGGUGGAAACCAGAGGUGCUGUGCCCGCCCCGCCUCCGCCCCCUCCCUUCUGAGCCGGUGCACGUGUCCCUGGGGGGGUGCCGGUGGCCUCUGUCAGCGCCUCCCGGCUGCAGGGUGGCCCCAGGCUCCCGUGGCCUGUGCUCAGCUCACGUCCACACAGCAAGCAUCCCGCUGACUGGGGCUGACUGGCAGAGAGGGGCACUCCCGGGGCUCCGGCUCCCGCUCCGCCGCCCUUUCCUCUGUAACCCGCGGCACUGGACUUUCUUCUUAAACUUUCAACUUGCUUUUGUAAAGUCACACUCCCCGAAUCUUUUUUAGCCAGGGAAGGAAACGAGCGGGCGUUAUUCUCUCUGAUGCACUGUAAGCAGCGUUCAGCACAGGGGCGGGUCGAAUCUUCUAGGGGGCGAAAUGGAAGGAAGAGGCAUGACGACCGCCCGGGACCCAGUCAUGCCCCGGCCCUCAGGACGCGUUCUGGGGAGACCUGUGGAAUCAGCACGUGCCCUUUAUACCGACGACACUACUGAAUUCUCUGCGGGCGACCUUGGUGAAGGGACCCAGGUCACAGGGAAGCGAGCCACAGUCCUGUGCUUGCUCACGAGUGUGGUAAAUGCACGCCACUCCUGUGAGGUCCACGGUUAAAACAGCUUUGAGGAUUUUCCUCGAGGCGGGCUUCCCUCCACCUCAAAGCAUGUCCCCAACCCCCCUGCCGUGGGCAGCAGAGCCCAGGCCGGAAGGCGGCGCCUCGGCUACCUGAGGUCUUAUGUUCCUUCACCCAACACGCUGCUCAUCCGUCUCUCCGUGUUUAUGUCACUUGCUAAUUCACUAACCCCGAAAAAGCUUAAAGGAAAAAGUCGAAGGGUCCUAAAUACUGUGAAGCUACGUUACCUGGAAAAUGCAAAUUUAGAUCUUUUACUAUUUAAUUAAUAGUUCUUGCUUCCCAGCUAAGUUCCCUCCCCUCGAAAUGAAUACCCAAUGUAUACAUUCUAUGUUGGGGCGAUGAGCUGGGAAGAUGCCUAGGUGAGCGAUUGAGCCCGGGGGUAGGUUUUAAAUCUCAGCGACUUCCUCCUGAUUUAACACAGAUUAGCUUGUGCAUCUGAAUACCAAGCCCUUUGAGAGCAAUAAAAGUUACACCAUGAAUGUU